AUGCAGCUCUGUCGGGGUCCCAGCAUCCACGACUACAUCGCCUCCAAGGGCGUGGUGAGCGAGGCGGAGGCGGCGCGGCUGAUGCGCGCAGUGAUGCGCGUGGUGGCGGAGUGCCACGCGCGCGGCGUGGUGCAUCGCGACGUGAAGGCCAGCAACUUCCUCUUCCUCUCCGCAUUCCCCGCCGACUCUCCCCUUGUCGCGAUAGACUUCGGCCUCGCCGCCUUCUGCCGCCCAGACGAGCGCCUGCGUGACGUGGCGGGCAGCCCGUGCUACGUGGCACCGGAGGUGCUGAAGCGGCAGUCGGGGCGCGGGUACGCGCACUCCGCGGACGUGUGGAGCGCGGGCGUGCUAUUCCACCUGCUCCUCUCCGCGCGCCUGCCCUUCGACGGCCCCAGCAUAGUGGACGUGUUCAGAGCCGUGGCGAGUGCGCCGUUGGACCUGGAAUCGCGGGCGCCAUGGGCGGGCGUGUCCGCGGAGGCCAAGCACCUGCUCGCCGCCAUGCUCUCCCGCGACCCUGACGCGCGCCCCACGGCGCAGCAAGUGCUCGGUGAGUUGAGAUCCCUGCGCGGUGCGGUGCAGUGCGGCGCAGCAAGUCCUCCUCUGUUACUCUCUCCCACCCCACUCCUCCCAGUGCCACUAGCCCGUUUCUAA